CCUUUCCGCGUCGGCCAUUUGUGUUAAUCGACCGAGUUGGUUGACAGUCAUCAAUAAAAGCGAAGAUGCAGAACGACGCUGGUGAAUUCGUGGACCUGUACGUCCCUCGUAAAUGCUCUGCUAGCAACAGAAUCAUUGGUGCCAAGGACCAUGCCUCCAUCCAGAUCAACAUUGCUGAGGUGGACAGGGUUACAGGCAGGUUCAAUGGACAGUUCAAGACCUAUGCCAUCUGUGGCGCCAUCCGUAGAAUGGGUGAAGCUGAUGACUCCCUCCUGAGGCUCGCAAAGACCGACAGCAUUGUGGCCAAGUAAUCUGAACACCUAAGUUGAAGGAUGGGCUCUCAAAGUUUCUUUGGUUAAAAAAUAAAAAGUAAAAUGAAA